CCCUCCCCACCCCAUGCUUCCUCCCAUCUUUCACCAAGCUCCUUUCUGCUUCACCUUUCCCUGUCCUUUCUCAUCCUGUUCCUUCUGUCCCACCCCCACACCGCAUGUCCACUCUUUCCCUGUUUCCUCUGUUCUCCUCUCCCUGGUGCCCUGUUCAUCUCUGUUUUGGUCCCUCUGGCUGCCUGCCCUGGCCCCCUGUCCUUCUAUGCUUUAAUGUGGGGCCCAUGGGAACUGGAGUUCACAGCAAAACAGGAAGAGCCCUUGAGCAGGAAACUGGGAAUGGGGCAAGGGGUGAAUGACCAGCAGUAACCUCAGCUCCUCACCUCCCGCAUCUGGACUGAAGCAUCUGCAGAUGUUCCCAGCCUCUCCCCUGCAGCCCACCAGCCCUGGCUUCUUCCAUCUCAGCGUUCCACUGGCCCAUCAGACCUGAGAUGCAACAAGACAAGAUUGCCCUGGACUCUGACACAGCACAAAAAGAGCCCGCGGACUGGAGGCACCCACGUACAGAGACUCCCUGGAAGGCCCAGCACCUGUCUCCACCCCUGGAGUUCUACCAGCUUGGCAGAGGCCUGGGGCGAGUGGAGAAUGCUUCUUGGCCCCUUCCCAGAGGCAAGGGAGGAGGCGGGAGGCUGGGAAAGCAGGCUGGGGCUCGGUGUCAGUGUCGCAAUUCUGGGCCGUGCUGGGACCUUUGCUCUGCGAGGUGUCUAUGGAGGGGAGGGAACGCGGACUCUGGAGGCUGCUGGGAUUGGGGUGGGGGUGCCUGGGAGGCAGUCCUUCUCAAAGAGCAGCUAAGAGCCGCGGAGUGAGGAGAGGAAGGGGAGAGACCUGGAACAGUGCCGGACAGUGCCUUGGUAAUGUCCAGGGCUCCAGGAAGAGAUGUCCUUGUGGCUGGAGGCCCCAGUGCCUGAUGUUUCUCCUGACUCCGCAGUGGAGCUGUGGGAGCCCGAUGCACAAGAUGCAAGCAGCCAGGGCCCAGGAGGCAGCAACUGCAUCCUCAGAGAGGAAGCCAGGAUGCCCCAAUCUGCUGGGGGCACUUUGGGGAUGGAGCUGGAGGCAGCAGAACCCACAACCCUGCUCCCCAGGGCGGAGCUCCCUUCAGAACCCACAGAGCUCCGUCCACAAAAGCGGAAAAAGGGGCCAGCCCCCAAAAUGCUGGGGAACGAGCUGUGCAGUGUGUGUGGGGACAAGGCCUCUGGCUUCCAUUACAAUGUGCUGAGCUGCGAGGGCUGCAAGGGCUUCUUCCGCCGCAGUGUCAUCAAGGGAGCACGCUACAUCUGCCACAGCGGUGGCCACUGCCCCAUGGACACCUACAUGCGCCGAAAGUGCCAGGAGUGUCGUCUUCGUAAAUGCCGACAGGCUGGCAUGAGGGAGGAAUGUGUCCUGUCAGAAGAACAGAUCCGCCUGAAGAAACUGAAGCGGCAAGAGGAGGAACAGGCUCAGGCCACAUCCCUGCCCCCAAGGGCUUCUUCACCUCCCCAGGUCCUGCCUCAGCUUAGCCCAGAGCAACUGGGCAUGAUCGAGAAGUUGGUUGCCGCCCAGCAACAGUGUAACAGGCGCUCCUUUUCUGACCUGCUUCGAGUUACGCCUUGGCCCAUGGCACCAGAUCCCCAGAGCCGGGAGGCCCGUCAGCAGCGCUUUGCCCACUUCACAGAGCUGGCCAUCGUCUCUGUGCAGGAGAUCGUUGACUUUGCCAAACAGCUGCCUGGCUUCCUGCAGCUCAGCCGGGAGGACCAGAUCGCUCUGCUCAAGACCUCUGCGAUCGAGGUGAUGCUUCUGGAGACAUCUCGGAGGUACAACCCUGGGAAUGAGAGUAUCACCUUCCUCAAGGAUUUCAGUUACAACCGGGAAGACUUUGCCAAAGCAGGACUGCAGGUGGAAUUCAUCAACCCCAUCUUUGAGUUUUCCAGAGCCAUGAAUGAGCUGCAGCUCAAUGAUGCCGAGUUUGCUUUGCUCAUUGCCAUCAGCAUCUUCUCUGCAGACCGGCCCAACGUGCAGGACCAGCUCCAGGUAGAGAGGCUGCAACACACUUAUGUGGAGGCCCUGCAUGCCUACGUCUCCAUCCACCACCCCCAUGACCAACUGAUGUUCCCACGGAUGCUAAUGAAACUGGUGAGCCUCCGGACCCUGAGCAGUGUCCACUCAGAGCAAGUGUUUGCACUGCGCCUGCAGGACAAAAAGCUCCCCCCGCUGCUCUCUGAGAUCUGGGAUGUGAACGAAUGACUAUUCUUCCCCCAUAUCUUCUGUUUUCUGGGCUGGAUGGCUGAGGCCCCAUGGCUGCCUCCUAGAGGUGGAGGUGACUGAGAAGAGCAAACAUUCCUGUAAGAGUUGGGCAAGGAGAUCCUCACGUGGCAUUAAAGGAGAGUCAAAGGGU